UAUUAGACCAUCUUUCCUCCUCGGGUAGACAUUACCAAACACACAGCCCCAUAGCAUUCCCAUUGAAUUCCGAUCAUCAGGAAGAAAAUGCUGCUCUCUGCAUUUCCUCCCCAGAAUCCAUUAUCCAAUCCCACCACCCCACCCUUUCACCACCCCCCUACCCUCCUCUUCUACAAAGCAGCAGCAGCAGCAGCAACUGCAACUGUUCACACUACUUCGCCGAGGUUUCUACCACCACUUGCUCUCACCAACGCUGCUUCCUCCUCCACUACUCUCCGGCAUGUGAGUAGCACGUUCUCCGAUGAUGACGACGAAGAUGGAUAUGGCCACGGUAUGGUUACUUCGGCGUCAGCUGUUGCUGCUGCGAUACGGAAUGCGUCGACGUCGCCGGUGGAGUUUGUUCAGACGAUUGAAAAGGAUGACGGAAAAAAUAAAGGUCUGGUACUACCGAGUAUUGAUUUCCAGAGACUUUGUAUUGAACAAUUGGACCUCUUUCGCCGUAUUGUCCAUCCCGACGCUCUUCUGUCCGUUUAUGUAAGACCAGCUGGCAGCUAUGUAAUGGACCGCCUUGAGUUGCAGCGGAUUACUUUACAUCCACAUGCUAAUGCGACUGAUCUAGUGAUUCUAAUUGGUAACUUCAGCAUUCCAGCAGGCUUAAGAAUUGCCGAAGCAACUCUUUCGAGGCAAGAGGUAGAGUUAUUUCCCGAGCUUGGAUCUGUGGUGUUCCCUAUGGUGAAACACCCAUUUAUUGUUGGAUUUUUAGUUGCGGAACUCCCAAGAGCUGCGUGGAAUAAGGGAGGGUUUAAUGUUAAAGGAUGGCCUGCCCAGGAGGAGAUUUUUUCUUUGCCUCCUAGCACAGAUUUGAAAUCAUUGAAUAUCAAAACUUCAAGUGAUCACUCAUUUGAGAUGUUAAACGGUACAGCUGAGCAAAGAUUAAAUGCAAUAAAUAUUUCUCGUUCACUUGCAAUGGCUUAUGUCAUGGAUCAGAAAGCAAAUCUGCUCCAACAGUCCACCUGGCAAAAUAAUAUCAGGAUGAGCAACUUGGUUGAGCAAAUUCGGGGUUCUCUUUCCAGUAUUCGAACUUUGAGUAAGAUGUUAUCUGUUCAGAUUAGAAAGAGUGAGAUUUCAUAUGACAUUGUUCAAGACAUUUUGGAGCAAGGUGAUUGCUUGAGUGAUACUCUUAAGGGACUCCAGGAUGCUGUUUCCUUAACAAAGGCUAAUAUAAUGCACUAUAGUGAAGAAACACUGAAAAGGAUGCCUAAAUCAACUUAUCCUGGUCAUGACUCGGCGAGGUCACAGUUGUCGGAUAACUUAUCUGAGAAGCUAGAAUCUCUCUCUUCAAAAUCCAAGGAUCUAGAAAUGCCUAUGCCUCCUCUUGCUCUUGCACCUUUACGUCAUGAAGGAGUCAGACCAUGCAAUGUGUCUGAUGUACUGGUGGAUUUGGUGGGGGCAGUGGCACCUUUAGCACACGAGCAGAGGAGAGCUGUUUUACUUUCUGAAGUUCCAAGAUCUUUACCGGUGCCGGUUGAAGAGCCUUCUCUACGCCAGGCUUUGGGUAAUUUGAUUGAGGGUGCUUUAUUGCGUAUACAAGCUGGUGGGAAGGUUGAAAUCAUUGCCACUGAAGCACCUGCAGGGGGUGCUCUUGUUAUAAUUGACGAUGAUGGCCUUGAUAUGCACUAUAUGACACAGAUGCAUUCUCUAGCACCUUUCGGAGCAGACCUAUUUUCUGAAGAUAGGGUAAAGGACAACAUGACAUGGAACUUUGUAGCUGGACUAACUGUUUCUCGAGAAAUACUGGAGAGUUAUGGAUGUGUAGUGCGGGUGAUCUCACCAAGAGUAACAGAUGCUGCAAUUGGAACUGGAGGAACCCGUGUAGAACUCUGGUUUCCCUCUUCUUCUGCUUCGUCUGUCAUGGAUGGCCCUUCUCAUGAGAUGCUGAGAUGGAAAAAUUGGAAAGAGCAUGUUCUUUUUUGAUUCAUCUAGUGACACAAAUCUAUCAAAUGACUAAUUUCUCUCCUCUGGGACUCAACAAAAUGAAGGUAUGGCUAAUAAUACCGUAAGUAUGAAUGUCACAGGAGAUUGUCCUGAUAAAAUGUGGGUAGUCCUUUUGGCUUCGUCAAACACUUCCUCUUGCUGGUCAAGCCUUCUACAGAAAAGCAAUGCUAGAAGACUUCUGUCUAUACUUUAUCAUAGUAGUAAUUUCCAUUUAUCGGUCUAUUAGCUGAUGUGUUGCCAAAAGAUGUUGUGAUUCCUAUGAUUCAAUUACAUGAAUAUAUCCUGCUGGUUGUGUAAAUCAGCUUACCCCUCUACAGAUGUUCCAGAUUGAACUAUUUGCAUUGCUGGGGCUUUUAUUGCACAGAAACUAGCCGAAGACUAAACAAUCAAGCAUACUUUUGAGUCUAUUAGUUGCCACAAAUUCCUGAAAUCCCUUCCCUGCAGGUGCAGCCAUGCUUUCUAGCAAUGUUGUGGAUCAGAGUGAAUAUAUCAAUGCCUUCCAUGUAAAUUUAAACGGCAAUAGCUUCUUAUCAGCUUAUUCUGUAAUUUAUUUUGUCAGAAUUGUGUGAUGCUAGUUAUUUUGGGGAAGACUCGUAUAUUCGCUUCUAUACUUUGGUUUUACCUCAUGUAUCAGCAGAUAGAAGGAAAUUGUACUUGAUUUGGUACAUUGAGCAGGUUGAAUCAUAAUUAUCAUACAACAUUGUUGGUCUAAA